GCCGAAAGCGGCGCUCCGGGGAGCGUGUUCGGAGGAGGAGGCGAGUGCAGGCAUCCCAUCCGGAGCCAAAGUGGGCAUCGCGGGCAAAGCCGGUCUGGACGGAGCGGUGGAGACAGGCUGAAACUUCUGAUCGGACACUUAAAUCUAGGAAGAUGAAGGCAGUGCUGUUGGGUAGCCAAAGCAUUAUGUCUCCUUCAGAAAUCCUCCUGGCCAUUGCGCUUUUCUGCCUGCUCCUGGUUGUCAUCAAAUCCUUCCGGCAGCAGAUCCCUCAGGGGCUGAAGCAGCUCCCGGGGCCGAGGGCAUACCCGCUGAUCGGCAAUGUCCUGGAGCUUCAGAAGGACCCUCACCUGGCCUUGACUCAGAUGAGCCAGAGAUACGGGGAUGUGAUGCAGAUCCAUCUAGGCACAAGGCCAGUGCUGGUCCUGAGCGGGCUUGAAACUAUCAAGCAAGCCCUGAUUAAGCAAGGAGAAGACUUCUCGGGGCGCCCUGACCUCUACAGCUUCCGGUACAUUGGGGAUGGCCAGAGCUUGUCCUUCGGCAGGGAUUCAGGGGAAGUGUGGCGAGCGCGCAGGAAGCUGGCCCAGAAUGCCCUGAAGGCCUUCUCCUCCACUUGUCUGUUGGAGGAGCACGUCUCCAAAGAGGCAGACUACCUUGUCAUGAAGUUCCAGGAGCUGAUGGAUGAGAAAGAGAGCUUUGACCCCUACCGGUACCUGGUGGUCUCUGUGGCCAACGUAAUCUGUGCCAUGUGCUUUGGGAAACGUUAUAGCCAUGAAGACCAGGAACUGCUCAGUAUGGUGAACGUGAGCAAUGAGUUUGGGCUGGCUGCUGCUUCCGGGAACCCGGCAGACUUCAUCCCUGUCCUCCAGUAUCUUCCCAGCCGCACCAUGAAGGCCUUCAAGGACCUCAACCAGCGCUUCACUGCAUUUGUGCUGAAGAUAGUUAAGGACCAUUACAUGAGCUUUGACAAGGAGAACAUCAGAGACAUUACUGACUCCCUGAUCAACCACUGCCAAGAUAAAAAACUGGAUGAGAAUGCAAACAUCCUGCUUUCGGAUCAGAAAAUUGUCAGUAUCGUCAGCGAUCUUUUUGGAGCUGGUUUUGACACAGUCACCACUGCUCUCUCCUGGUCCCUCAUGUAUCUGGCGACGUUUCCAGAAAUCCAGAAGAAAAUGCAGGAAGAAAUAGACCAAACCAUUGGCAGAGAAAGGAAGCCCAGGCUGUCAGAUCGUUCCACGUUGCCCUACACAGAAGCUUUCAUCCUGGAAAUGUUUAGGCAUUCCUCCUUCCUGCCUUUCACAAUCCCUCACUGCACAACCAGGGACACAGCACUGAAUGGCUUCUACAUCCCGAAGGAUCUCUGCAUCUUCGUCAACCAGUGGCAAGUCAACCACGAUCCGAAGCUUUGGCGAGAUCCUUCUACCUUCAACCCAGAACGGUUUCUCACAGCUGACGGGACGGGAGUAAACCGAGCAGAGAGCGAAAAGGUUCUGACAUUUGGUCUGGGCAAAAGGAGGUGCAUUGGAGAGAACGUUGGCAAAGGAGAAGUCUUCCUUUUCUUGACCACCCUCGUUCAGAAGCUGGAGCUGAGUGUGUGCAGUGGGAAGACAGUGGACUUAACCCCACAGUAUGGACUCACAAUGAAACACAAGGAGUGUGAGCAUUUCCAGAUUAGACAGCGUUUCUAAGAACCAGUGGUGGCACCUUGGGAGCAAAGAAAGCGUGGGACGACCGGGGAGGAGGGAUUCCUAUCCUGCCGUAUCUCAAUUCCUAUCUGCAGCUUGACUUAGGAGUGGGAUGGUCACCCAGGCUGAACUGUGGAUUCAGGCUGUGUCAAAAUAAUAAAAGUGGGCAAAUUAUAUAGGUUGG